AUGGCCUGUUUGCCUGAUGGUUUAACAGUAGACUUGCUGUAUGUUAUUUUAUGCACAGAAGAAACUUUGUUUAGUAUUAGGAAGAUUUCACUAAAGUACUUGGGUUUUUAUGCUAUGGUGCGAGCGAUGUUAAAGUCAAGGAGAAAGACUAGAGAGCCGAAGGAAGAAAAUGUGACCCUUGGACCCACCGUGAGGGAAGGGGAGCAUGUUUUUGGAGUUGCUCACAUCUAUGCAUCAUUUAACGAUACCUUCAUUCAUGUGACCGAUCUCUCUGGAAGAGAAACCCUUGUCCGCAUAACUGGUGGAAUGAAGGUGAAAGCUGAUAGAGAUGAGUCCUCACCAUAUGCUGCAAUGCUUGCUGCACAGGAUGUUUCACAGAGAUGCAAGGAACUUGGUGUUACUGCCCUUCAUAUCAAGCUUCGUGCUACUGGUGGGAACAAGACAAAGACACCUGGUCCAGGUGCACAAUCUGCCCUGCGUGCUCUAUCCCGUUCUGGAAUGAGAAUUGGUCGCAUAGAGGAUGUGACCCCAAUUCCAACAGAUAGCACUCGUAGAAAGGGUGGUAGAAGGGGAAGAAGGCUGUAA